AUGAAAGAUACAAGAUCGAAUGAAAACCAAUUAAAAAGAAAAUCAAAUGAAUCAUCAAUAAAGAAAAGUUCAGAAAAUUUAAAAAGGAAUAAAACCUCCUCAUCCAAAUCUAAGGUUCAAGCUUCUUUAAAAGGUGAUACGAUCCCAUUAGGAAAGUUUUUAGCAAGUAAUGAUAAAUCAACUCGUGAUCGAGCUGUAGCUGCUUUACGUACCUUCAUCUCUAACUCAGACCAAACCCCCAACGAUUUAUUUUCGAUCAUAGAAUUCGAUAAUGAAGAUUGGAAUUCACAUACUUCAAUAGAUGACGCACGUUUAGACAACUUAUCGAUGUCUAAACUAUACAAAGGAUUAUUUUAUUGUUAUUGGAUGUCAGACAAACCCUUAAUCCAACAACAAUUAGCCAAUGAAUUAUCCGAUCUAUGUUUGGUUUAUAGACCCAACCCAUUAGGAUCUUCUACAGCUUUUAAUCAGAUUCAAACUACUAAAGGUGCCUUACGGUUCUGGAAAGCGUUUUGGGUGGCUAUUAGAGCUGAAUGGCAUGGAAUCGAUCGGCAUAGGAUCGAUAAGUAUCUUUUGCUUUGUAGAAGGUUUCUGGGAGUUGGGUUAAGAUUACUUCAACGGGUUCAUUGGAAUCAAAAAGCAAUCGAAGAAUGGAGCGAAAUCCUACAAGAAACCGUUCUCAAUGUUUCGGAUCCUACCAAUCCAAUGUCAUUAGCAUACCAUUUCUGUGAUAUAUUCUUAGAAGAACUCAACAAAACCCUUCAACCAAUCUCCUCAUCCAACGAAUCUGAAUCUGAAUCCGAAAUCGAAACCGAAAGCUUAAGAGCUCCAAUCAACUCAUUACUUUCACCAUUCUUAUACGCUUUAUCAAACUCAAGACCAGGAAUUGCUAUUUUUCAAAAAAUCAUUGAAACCAUUUUAAUUCCAUUAUUUGAAAACUUUGAAGCACAUCUUACAACUGAUGAACGAUUUAUUCCAUCAAGUUCAACUAUCAUCAUCUUUGAUUCAUUUUCAACCCAAUUAUGUCUUUCGAAUCAAUCUUCAAUCAAUGAUCUUAAAUUAAUCAGAUCUCAAGUAUUGAAAAGUAUCUUCCAAACUGGUGCUCAGAAAGAUUGUUUAGAAGUUAAUCGAAAGAAAUUAUAUGCAUUCUGGGCUUCGAAAGGUGGUACAAAUGAAGAUGAAGAUGAAGAUUAA